UGUGAGAGAGAGAGAGAGAGACUGAGUGAGACUGAGUGUGUAUAUGUGAGAGUGUGUGUGAGAGAGACUGAGCGUGUAUAUGUGAGAGAGUGUGUGUGAGUGAGAUAAAGUCUCUCUGCCCUUCAGCGCUGUGUUUGUUCAUUAGGGAAGACUGCUGCUGCUGCUGCUUUGGACUGAUAAACCUGUAAAACUCAAAGGUAUCGUUCCCACUCGUUAAAGACGUGAGGCGUCACCCGGCCAGGGUGCAAUGUCCUUUCGCUCCACAUGAGCUCGACUAUGUGGUACAUCAUGCAGAGUAUUCAGAGUAAAUACUCCCUUUCAGAAAGGCUUAUCCGAACAAUCGCAGCCAUUCGCUCAUUCCCACACGAUAAUGUGGAGGACCUUAUACGCAAGGGAGCCGAUGUGAACAGGAUGCACGGCACUCUGAAGCCCCUGCACUGCGCCUGCAUGGUGGCUGACGCGGACUGUGUGGAGCUCUUGCUGGAGAAAGGUGCAGAGGUAAACGCUUUGGAUGGCUACAAUCGCACAGCGCUGCAUUACGCAGCAGAGAAGGACGAGGGUUGCGUGGAGCUACUGCUGGAAUACGGAGCUCAGCCCAACGCCCUGGAUGGCAACAAGGACACACCGCUACACUGGGCCGCCUUCAAAGACAACCCCGAGUGUGUGCGGGCGCUGCUGGAGAGCGGCGCUCAUCCUAACGCGCGUGACUACAACAACGACACGCCACUCAGCUGGGCCGCCAUGAAGGGAAACCUGGAGAGUGUGCGUGUGCUGCUGGACUACGGCGCCCAGGUUCACGUGACCAACCUGAAGGGCCAGACUCCCAUUUCACGGCUGGUGGCACUGCUGGCGCGUGGCCUGGGCUCCGAGCAGGAGGAAGAGUGUCUGGAGCUGCUGUGCAGCGCUGCAGGGAGGAUGGAGAUUCGCCGGGCCGAUGGCUCCAUGCCUCAUGAGCUUAGUAAACAUCCACAGCUUCUGGCUCGCCUCACCAGCAUGAUGGCCCAGCCGGCGUUGCUGAGAGAUCUGGCCCGCUGCGCCGUACGUAACAGCCUAGGGGUGCAGUACCUCCCCACAGCCGUGAACCAGCUCCCGCUGCCUGAGUCUGUUAAACAGUACGUACUCCUCAGAGACGCUGGGUACAUACAAGGGAAAGAAAGAGAGAGAGAGGGAGAACAUACUGUCUGUAAUGCACUGCAGAGCAAUUAAUGAUGUACUACAACAAAUCGCUAAAGGCACACAACAGCCUGACAAAUCUGUAUAUUAAUAUAUAUCCACCAGCCACUUUAAUAGGAACACCUGUACACCUGUUCAUACAUUCGAGAUCCAAUCAGCCAAUUGUGUGGCAGCAGCACGAUGCAUAAAAUCUUAAAGAUAGAGGUCAAGAGCUUCCGUUAACGUCAGACUGGGGGAAAAUGUGAUCUCAGUGACGUUGACCAUGGCAUGUUGAUGGUUCCUGAAGGGCUGGUUUGAGCAUUUCAGAAACUGCUGAUAUCCUGGGAAUUUCAUGCACAACUUGGGUGGGAAUGCCUUGAGGUCAGAGGAGAAUAGCAAGACUAGUUCGAGAUGACAAGAAGGCUACAGUAACUCAGAUAACCACUCUUUACAACCGUGGCAAGCUGAAAAGCUUCUCAGAAGGCACAGCAUGUUAACACUUGAGGCAGAUGGGCUACAGCAGCAAAGGACCACAUCAGGUUCCACUCCUGUGGCACAAAGAACAGGAAUCUGGGGCUACAGUGGGCACAGGCUCACCUAAUUUUAUGUUUUGUGAUGCUGUCACAUGAUUGGCUGAUUGCAUAACUGCAUGAAUGAGCAACUGUGCAAUACAGGAGUUCUUAUUAAAGUGGCUGAUGAGUGUAAUAGAAACAGAGAUUUAGUGUUACCCACAUUUUUAUUUCUCCUAAUUUAUUUCCCAUAAUGUUAAAAAAUGACAUUAUGAUUUUUUGGUAUUGGUAUUUUCCCUAUAAAUCAAGACUCUUGUGCACAAAUAAACAGCAUGGUUAUAAACUAUUGAUACUUUAACAAAACUAAUCUAAAAUUCUCUGACUGCAAAGAAGCAAACAUGGGGAAUAGUAUGAACUCUUGUAAGAAUUCCUAAUAUAUUGUAACAUUCUUCACAACCAUAUUUUUUUUUUUUUUACCAUGACUUGCUUUGGCCAUUGAGGGUAUAAUUUUAAUUUAUAACGAAUAAUUGCCUCGUUUUGUGUGGAUGACACUAUUUUAGUUGAGAUAUAUGUAAAAUGAUAUGUAAACUAUAUUUGUAACUGGGGAUUCUAUGAGAAGACAAAUUACGUUAUUAGACAUUUCCACUUACUUUGUACUAUCAGGAAAAAAGAGCUACAGUAUAACUUACAGGCUACAGGUGCUGGUGCUGCCCUCAAGGCUAUGUUUUUUUUUUUUCCUUUAGUGAGAACAUCUAGAGCAUGCAGUGUACUUUUACACCUUGUUUACAGGGCGUAACAAAGACCACUGUCUUACCUUUGUUGGUACAUUUGCAUUGUUGGUACCCUGAGGGAACAAAUCUUGUACUGUGUGAUAAGCUUUUGUGAAUCCUUCCUUUUGGGAUCUGUACAGAUUUAUCAGUGGUAGAACACUAGCACGUUCUUUCCGGAUAUCUUGCAUUUCUGAAUUUAAUAAGCUUGUACUCAGAUUCAAUUGUUGAUCUUUCCUCAUGUUUCUGCUGUAAUUUAUGUUUGUACAGCAAUAGUAGAAAAUUAGCCAGUGUGAUGUUUAUGUCUGUAUGGUGUGCAAGCCAACCACUUAACACACUCUCCUCAUGAAAUACAAGUAAAAUCCAACCUGCAUCACAUAAUGUGGUGGUUCUGGUCAUUCCUGGGGGCAAAGUGGUAUGUUCAUGGUGUGUCUGGUGCAUGGGGUAAGAUCAGCUGUUGGCCAGAAGGGGGCGAUAUAUGAUGAAACAUACUGUAUACAAUAUGUUUCAGUACUCCUUAUUUUUAUUUAACGUACACGUAAUAUACAUAAUUAGAUUACUAUUAUGUAUUAUUUUUAAGCAUUACAUAUAUCACAGCAGGGUGUAAAUGGGAAAGAUCAGGACUAUUAUAUUUCUCAGAGUAACAUCACUGACCUUAAUUUAUUAUUAUUAUUUUAACUGUAUAGCAUAAAUCUGAUCUUAGGCCCUCUGUAAACGAUAGGCUCUGUUCAGAUGAGAUUUUUCCAAUGUAAAUUAAAAUUGGCUUUUCUCCUUCAACACAUGCUUACAUCUGUACACAAAGGUUGACCUGUCUUACACGAGACCUUUGUUCAAUAAGAAAUGCGUCUCUUUUUUUUUUUCAUUGACAAAGUACAGGACGUCCUUUUAAAGUGAAUGCAAAAAAUUGCCCAGGAAGGAAACCGCGCUACGGUUAAAUAAAGACCUUUUCUCUCCAUUAA